CCAUCAUGAUGGCGCCAACAUGUUGCACAAUACCUACCUAUUCACUUUCGCUUGCUUUCAUCGAAUUGUCAAAUUUACGAUGAGCAGCAUUACUCUGCUGUUCUGAGCUUCGAAUAUUCUAAAGGUUGGAGACUCAGCCAAGCUAUUCGCCUGACGUGGAACGGCCUCAGGACAUUCCCGAAUUGGUCACUAUAGCCCCUUCACAACGUUGUGCCUUGGAGCAAACAACGUGGAGACCCAACUCAGCUCAGUAAACAUCUACCAUGGACUCGGAAGAUGAAAGAUAUUACGAACUAGAAGAUAGAGACGGCGUACUUGCUGCGUUGGACCACAAGUCCUGGAGUACAGGAUGCCGCCUCUUCGAAAGGAAAGAAAUGGAAAAUCGUUUUAUCAAAACUUCAAGUUUUUCGUUCCUGCCUGACAUACCGGAUAAUGCUGCUGCAACCAGACUUAUUCGCUUUUUCAAAACGUUUCAUGGUUUUUAUACUGGUGAACUGGACCUCGCAGGGCGUCAUCAGCGGCGUUACAUAUCCAUACUCAAACGUUGGACGGAAUUCGCAAACGAUAUGACGGUACUGGAAAGACACGCUGAAGAGGUUCAGAUUGUUGGGGCUCAAGCUCAAGACGAUACGGUCAAGAUGGCAGAGUACGUGAUCAACCCAGCUCUAUUCAACGAUUUCCUGGCAAAGUGGCGAAUCAAGAAUACGUGGACAUUUAGCAUGUUGCUUAUAAUGACUAGUGACAUGAGAGUAGUGAUUCGCGAGUGGUCGCCUCGAUUUCAGAAGCUCUGUCUAGGCCAUCUACCACCUGAGCUGAUUCACCGUAUCAUGCAAUUCUGUCAUAAAAAGGAAGCCCGGAGACUGGGCUCGACCUGUAAAAUGUUCCAGGAAAUCUCUGUGAACUACAUCUAUUCGACGUAUUCCUUGCGUCUAUCCAAAAGGAAACGUCGUGAAAUGCUAAGGGAAAAGCACGGCAUCGACAGCAUCCUUCGUGCCUCACGUUCCGACAUGCUGGCAGAGAUUAAUUAUUUGCUUUCACGAGACGACAUUCUUCGAAACAUUCGGACUCUCGUCAUCUGCGACGAGUGGAAAGCCAGAUACUUUCGCCCAUCUCUUUUCGAUGAUGCCCGCAAGGCCGCUGCAUUCUAUCGUCCUCUUCGCACAGGCGUUAGCAAUGUCAUUUCCCGAAUUCGGCAGUUGACUAAGGUUACCGUGGACCACUGGCAUUUUACAAACUUCUUUGCCAUGGCCGUCUUGCAGCACGAAGAACUGACUUCAUUGGAAAUCAUAUCUUGCACGAAUGGGUUGCUUGAUCCGGGAUGGCAAUUUUGGACCCACAUCUUGCAUUUGUCCCUUAUAAUCAGUGCAUUGGAUGUCCAGGAAGCAUGGAAGAUUGUUUCGGCUUUACCUGCAAUUCGUUCCCUUCACAUAGGUGUAGACAUGGAGACGCCAGACACGCACAUUCUCCCAACGUCAAUCUUGCAAGGGCGUAUCAACCCUUUUCUAACCCUGGAACGGUUUAUUGUCUAUACAAUUCAUUAUGAGGAGCUCGAUGACCUCAUCAGCUGGAUGCAUGCCGCGAAAACCCUGAGAUUGGAACCAUUGCGAUUGACACACUUCAAGCUGGCCACACUAGAUGGGUUCUUAGACGAGCACGAUCUUUCUGAUCUUCUCAACGUUCUUCGGGACGCACCAGUGCAGCACCUCGCCCUGGACUGCUUGCAGUAUGCAGAGCCGGAGCUGUUGGAUACCAUAGCGGAGACAUUCCCCGAUUUGAUAUCCCUCACAAUACACUAUCGCACGAAUAUCGAAGACAAUGCAACCACUUGGCCAUAUCCAUCAUGGGUAUACGCUCUACACCUCAGGAACUUCAGUCGACUGAAGCACCUUGGUUGGAAUUUCAGCCAUAAAUACGAAAACGACCCCACUACAUAUUUUCUUCAUUUCUUCGAGAAUGGAUUCCCAACGUUGGAUGAAUGGAAUGACCACUAUGCUGACCUGGAUAUCGCGCAGUUUGGGGAUUCGUACACCGUAGCUCAGGCUUUGGGCGCGUAUUGUCCAACAUUGGAAACAGUCGCAUUCUUCGUCAGAAGUCUCCCCACUUCCCUGUCACGAAGAUCACAACACGGUCAACGUCAGUAUUCAAAUUGGACUGAUCAAACAAUCGAAGACGUCGAGAUGUAUGAUCCAUGUUCGGAUCAUUUCUGGGAUGGACGCUGAAUGCAGAUAAGGCGGACAUUUUUAUACAGGAUAUGUAGAGAUAUUCGAAGCCGGCGGGGCCGGUACGAUAAUUGCAUAAUGGCAAAAAGAACUUCUGCAUUCAGUGAAAUCACACAUUAAUGCAUUCAUAGUUCACCACCCGAGCUGUUCGUAUGUCCAACCGUAAACGACGCCCCUCUCGUUCGCCUUGUUGCACAAUCGCUCGUUCCUAUCAAGUGCAUUGAUCUUCUGAAUAUCUUCAGCAGAAAGCAUAGAAGGCUCCAAAUUCUCUCUCUGGUGUUCCUUGUUUGUACUUUUGGGAACAGCAGCGACACCUCGAGAAAGGUGCCACGCCAGAAUGAUUUGAGCUGGAGUCACUGCAUACUUUCCCGCGAGCCCGGUGAUAGUUGGGUCUGAGCGAACAGUUGCGUAACCUUGCAAAUAUAGCUGUUAGAGAAAAAAGGUGUGACGGAAUGAAGAUCUUACCGGUGGGUGUAUAGGCGGUCAGGAGGAUCCCCUUUGAGUCAGCGAAUGCCUUCAGCUCAGGCUGUGCAAGGUAGGGGUGUAGCCUGUGUGAACGGGGUUUAGUUCCAAAUGUAGUUCGGCCAUAUUUUAAGAUGUGACAUACUCGACCUGAUUGACAGCAGGAACCACCUUGGCUAUAGUAAGGAGUCUUUUGAGACUAUUCAAAUUCACAUAAUUCAUUC